AUGGCAGCAGGAAAGGAGAAUGAUUGUGUUGUAGGCGAAGCCAAUGAUGUUCUGAAGGAAAAGAGACCAAAGUGGGACAAUAAGUUCCAAUAUGUCCUGAGCUGUGUAGGACUUGCUGUGGGACUGGGAAAUGUAUGGAGGUUCCCCAACCUCUGUCAGACGUAUGGAGGUGGAGCCUUUUUAAUCCCAUACAUUAUUGCACUGAUCUUUGAGGGGAUUCCAAUACUUCACAUUGAAUUGGCAAUUGGACAGAGACUCCGGAAAGGCAGUUUUGGUGUCUGGAACUCCAUCUCCCCCUACCUGGGAGGAGUCGGCAUUGCUUCCUUGCUGAUUUCCUUUCUGCUGAGCAUGUACUAUAACACCAUCCUUGCUUGGAUACUCUGGUACCUUCUUCAUUCGGUCGAGGAACCAUUGCCAUGGAAAAACUGUCCUUUAAACAACAACGGAACAGGCUUUGUUGAAGAGUGCGAGCAGAGCACUCCAGUGGACUACUUCUGGUAUAGAAACACUCUGAAUAUCAGUCCUGAAAUUACUACGAAAGGAGAUGGCCAACUAUGGUGGCUGGUUAUAUGCCUUAUUGCUGCUUGGCUGAUUGUAUACGCUUGUGUCAUAAGAGGAAUUGAAACUAUGGGAAAGGCGAUCUACUUCACUGCAACUUUCCCUUACCUUGUACUAAUCAUUCUUCUUGCACAAGGAUUAACAUUGCCUGGGGCCAUUCAUGGUUUGACCUACUUAAUUACUCCAGAUCUGAAGGUUUUGACCCAGCCAAGAGUGUGGUUAGAUGCAGCAACCCAGAUAUUUUUCUCGUUGUCUUUGGGUUUUGGAGGACUUAUUGCAUUCUCCAGCUAUAAUUCACCAAAAAAUGACUGUGAGGUGGAUGCGGUAACAGUAGCUGUUGUCAACAGCAUUACAUCGAUUUUUGCUUCAGUCCCCAUCUUCUGCGUUCUUGGGUUUAAGGCAACCACUGCUUAUUGGGAUUGCUUAGAUUCCAAUAUACUGCUUAUUUCAAAUGAAUUUGAAAUUCAGGAUGGAAAUGUUACACGAGAUAAUUACUUUAGUUGGAUGAAUGAUCUAAACGUUACCCAUCAUGACAGAAUCUUGGCACUUCCUCUGAAAAGUUGUGUCCUGAAAGACUUUCUUGAUCAGAGUACGUCUGGUACUGGCCUUGCCUUUAUAGUUUUUACUGAAGCGAUUGUUCGAAUGCCUGUAUCCCAGAUAUGGGCGGUUCUGUUUUUCGUCAUGCUAUUCAACCUGGGACUGUCUUCCAUGUUUGGCAAUGUAGUGGGCAUUCUUACUCCGUUGUUAGAUCUAAAGGUGUUUCCAAAAUGUGUUCCCAAAGAAAUUAUUUCAGCCAUAAUAUGCCUGAUAUGCUUUUCAGUAGCACUUACUUUCACAACAGCAUCUGGGAGUUACUGGCUGACAAUUUUUGACAAUUAUGGAACUGCUCUGCCUCUUCUGAUCGUUGCCUUCUUUGAGCUGAUUGGGGUGAUUUAUGUUUAUGGGUUUCGUAAAUUCUGUGAUGAUUUGGAGUUUAUGACUGGUCGACGACCGAACUUUUACUGGCAAGUGGCCUGGAGAUUUAUCAGCCCUUUACUGUUGCUUUCAGUCUUUGUGACCUUUGUUGCAACUGAAAUUCAAUCUCACCUGUCGUAUGAGGCCUGGGAUCCUAAUUACGUGGAGUUCCCAAAGAAGGAAGAAAAGGAAUACACGGGUUGGGUGGAAUUUAUCUGUGCUUUCUUGGUCAUACUGUCCUCUAUAUUUAUUCCACUCACUGCACUUUAUCACUUCAUCAGACUUAAACUCAGGAGGCACAAGCAAACAACACAGGUUCCCUUUGACAAUCUUGCUUUUCAACUAUAAGAGAUUUGCGUGUUGGUGGAAGCUACAAUUUGCAUUUAUGCUCCUU